UAUAACAGGUUAAUGCAGUGUGGUGCAGGCCUGAGAGGCACAGUGACGGGGAUCAGCUAGCUUGCUGUGUUGCUGUUUGGAUGUGUGAAUGAAUGAAUGGUGGUCCUACAGGAGGAGGACAGCCUCAGGACAGACAGAGGGACAUGUGUUGCAGUCCUGGCAGCGGCUGGAGUUUCCUCAGAGAUCAGCCACCGCUAGGGUCUGCUACAGAGAUUUCCUCUCUGGCUCCAUGUAGGCAGAGCCUGUGGUUAAACAUAGCCUUCAGAGAGCGAGAGCGCGGUGGAGUGGAGAGGAGUGAGUGCUGAGGGGAAAAUGCCCGCUGCUCGGACUCGGUGGCUGUAGCUGGGGGUCCACGUGCUGUGCUGGGUUGGAGGGUGGCGGAGUGAAAGAGAGAGAGACAGGAGAGAGAGAGAGAGGCCGUUCACCUGGUGGGUUUUUGGGAAGAGAGUGAGAAGCUGAGAGAGAGAGAGGGAGAGAGAGAGGGGGAAAGAGGGAGGCAGAUGACGGCGAAGAGAGGCUCAUUUCAGCCGCUGUGCAGCAGCAGCAGCUCCCGCCUGGCAGAGAGGAAGGGAGCGGCACUCGGCGGAGCUAACGCGGAGCUCCGCGCCUCCUCUCCCCCUCAGCAGGAGCCCAGAGGAGCCGCAGCGCCGCCGGGAGCCGUUGGAGGAGCCGGGCCGGCGGACGAGUCCUCCGACAGCGAGGGAGAGCAAGAAGGGCCGCAGAAACUCAUCAGGAAAGUCUCCACGUCUGGCCAGAUCCGGAGCAAGACAAGUGUGAAGGAAGGCCUGCUCCUGAAACAGACCAGCUCUUUCCAGCGCUGGAAAAAGCGCUACUUCAAGCUUCGCGGCCGGACACUUUACUACGCCAAGGAUGCCAAGACGGGUGGUGUGCUGGCCCGCUGGCAGUAUCGGGUCUCGCGUAGCCGUGUGUGCUGGAGGGUGCUCUCCGUCUGCUGGUCCGGUGCGCGCCGCCCUCCGCCCUCUCUGGGUGCCAGCGGAUCCGAGGAAGGUUUGGUGGCGAUUCGGUCCCUCAUCUUCGACGAGGUGGACCUCUCAGAUGCCAGUGUUGCCGAAUCAAGCACAAAGAAUGUCAACAACAGUUUCACGGUAAUUACUCCGUUUCGAAGGCUCAUCCUGUGCGCGGAGAACAGAAAAGAGAUGGAGGACUGGAUCAGUUCUUUAAAAUCGGUUCAGUCUAGAGAGCAUUACGAGACGGCACAGUUUAAUGUGGAACAUUUCUCAGGGAUGCACAACUGGUAUGCCUGCUCCCACGCUCGCCCCACCUUCUGCAACGUCUGCAGGGACAGCCUCUCAGGGGUCACUUCUCAUGGCCUCUCGUGUGAAGUGUGUAAAUUUAAAGCCCACAAAAGGUGUGCUGUCAGGGCCACUAACAACUGUAAAUGGACCACUCUAGCCUCUAUCGGGAAGGAUAUUAUAGAAGAUGAAGACGGGAUUGCAAUGCCUCACCAGUGGCUUGAAGGCAACCUACCAGUCAGUGCCAAGUGUGCUGUGUGUGACAAAACAUGUGGCAGCGUGCUGCGCCUGCAAGACUGGCGCUGUCUAUGGUGCAAAGCUAUGGUGCACACAGCCUGCAUGGAUAUCUACCCCCGCAAGUGUCCUCUGGGCCAGUGCAAAGUGUCCAUCAUCCCCCCCACCGCCCUCAACAGUAUCGACUCAGACGGCUUUUGGAAGGCCACCUGCCCCCCAUCGUGUGCCAGCCCUCUCCUAGUGUUCGUCAAUUCCAAAAGUGGAGACAACCAAGGAGUGAAAUUCUUACGCCGCUUCAAACAGCUGCUCAACCCGGCUCAGGUCUUUGACCUCGUCAACGGGGGACCUCAUUUAGGGCUACGCUUAUUUCAGAAGUUUGAUAACUUCAGAAUCCUCGUGUGUGGUGGAGAUGGCAGUGUCGGCUGGGUCCUGUCUGAAAUUGAUAAACUCAAUCUUCACAAACAGUGUCAGCUGGGCGUACUGCCUCUGGGCACGGGGAACGACCUGGCACGGGUGCUUGGCUGGGGACCAUCGUGUGACGACGACACACAGCUCCCUCAGAUACUGGCCAAACUGGAGCGAGCCAGCACCAAAAUGCUGGACAGGUGGAGUAUAAUGACGUAUGAGAUUAAAAUACCUCCCAAACACAGCUGCCCUGCCACACCUGAGGAGGCAGAGGACUGCCAGUUUCAGAUAACAGAUUACGAGGAUUCCGUCGCUGCUCAUCUCACAAAGAUCCUCAACUCGGAUCAGCACUCUGUGGUCAUAUCCUCUGCAAAGAUUUUGUGUGAAACAGUGAAAGACUUUGUAGCCAAAGUGGGAAAGUCCUACGAGAAAAGCAUGGAGAACACGGAUGAGGCUGAAAGCAUGUCCCUGAAAUGUGGAAUCUUGAAUGAAAAGCUGGACCUGCUGCUGCAGACGCUGAACACAGAGGCGCAGGCCAUGAGGCCUCCUUCUCUCACCACUCCACCUAUCGUAGAGGAGGAGCUGGAGGAGGAGGAGCUGCAGGAGGAGGAGGACCUGAGCGAGGAGUCUCUGACGGAGCUGAAGGAGAAGCUGGAGGAGAAUGUGACGGAGAAGGACUCUCCACACAAGCUGUUCAGGCCGAGGGAGCAGCUCAUGCUCCGCGCAAACAGCCUGAAGAAAGCAGUUCGGCAGAUCAUCGAGCAGGCUGAGAAGAUGGUGGAUGAACAGAAUGCACAUACAGAUGAGCAGGAUCUGCAGUCUCCUACAGACUUUAAAAAGGACACAGAGGAUGAAAACAAGGAUAACGAGAAGGACGAGGACACUAAAGAACUGGAGUCCCUGCCCUUGGCGAAGUCGCCCUGCUCGCCUACAGAGAGACGUGUAAGUCGCAGCACGCAGUCAUGUGGUUCCUUCUCCAUGCCUCCAUUCACCACAAGCAAGGAGAACCUGCCUGUCUUAAACACUCGCAUUAUCUGCCCAGGCUUGCGCGCCGGCCUUGCUGCCUCCAUAGCUGGAAGCUCUAUCAUAAGUAAGAUGUUACUUGCCAAUAUCGACCCAUUUGGAGCCACGCCUUUCAUUGACCCUGACCUGGAUCCACUAGAGGGGUAUUUGGAGAAGUGUGUCAUGAACAACUACUUUGGGAUUGGCCUGGAUGCCAAGAUCUCACUGGAGUUCAAUAACAAGCGAGAGGAGCAUCCUGAGAAAUGCAGGAGCCGCACCAAGAACAUGAUGUGGUAUGGAGUCUUAGGCACCAAGGAGCUUCUGCAGAGGACCUACAAGAACCUGGAGCAGAAAGUGCAGUUAGAAUGUGACGGACAGUACAUCCCGCUCCCCAGUCUCCAGGGAAUCGCUGUGCUGAAUAUCCCCAGCUAUGCUGGAGGAACCAACUUCUGGGGCGGCACUAAAGAGGAUGAUAUAUUCUGUGCGCCAUCUUUUGAUGAUAAAAUCUUGGAAGUGGUUGCUGUGUUUGGAAGUAUGCAGAUGGCAGUGUCUAGAGUGAUCAAGCUCCAGCAUCAUCGCAUAGCCCAGUGUCGCACAGUGAAGAUAACAAUCCUGGGAGAUGAAGGAGUGCCGAUCCAAGUGGAUGGAGAAGCCUGGAUCCAGCCACCCGGAGUCAUCAAGAUCCAACACAAGAAUCGGGCCCAGAUGCUGACCAGAGACAGGGCAUUUGAGAACACGUUAAAGUCCUGGGAAGACAAGCUGAAGUAUGACAAGCCCCCUCUGCGGCCGCACCUGUACCCUCAGCACUCUGUGGACCUGGCAACUGAGGAGGAGGCCACGCUUAUCCAGAUGUGCGCCCGCGCUGCAGAGGAGCUCAUCACCAGGAUCUGUGAGGCUGCCAAGACCAAUGGGCUCCUGGAGCAAGAGCUGGCUCACGCUGUUAAUGCUGCAUCGCACGCCAUCAACAAAACUCACCCCAAGUUCCCUGAAAGCCUGACCAGAAACACAGCUAUUGAAGUGGCGAGCACAGUGAAGGCCCUGCACAACGAGACCGAGUCCCUCCUAGUAGGACGAGUGUCACUGCAACUGGACCCCCCUGAGGAGGAGCUGCUGUCCAGCGCUCUGCAGAGUGUGGAGGUGGAGCUGGGCAAGCUGUCUGAGAUUCCUUGGCUCUACCACAUCCUCCAGCCCAACGAUGAGGAGGACCACUCCCUGGAGUACGGCAAGAGGAACAGCCGCAGCGGUAUGUUCCGCAUCGUGCCAAAGUUCAAGAAGGAGAAGGCCCUGAAGAAGUCCAGUCCGCAGUCAGUUCAGAGGUGGGGCACUGAGGAGGUGGGCGCCUGGCUGGAGCAGCUCAGCUUGGGGGAGUACAAAGACACCUUCAUCCGCCACGACAUCCGCGGCUCCGAGCUCCUACACCUGGAGAGGAGGGACCUGAAGGAUCUGGGGAUCUCGAAGGUGGGUCAUAUGAAGAGAAUUCUCCAGGGAACUAAGGACUUGGCUAAGAGCGCCAUGGUGGACCUGUGAGGCUUGAGCAUGCGUUCCUUUCAUCAGGAGCGGAUGUUACACUGAGCUCCAUUGUCUGGAUGAGUUCGGUCUCGAGAGGUUUCUCCUGUUGUUUAAGCAUAGCUUUAGGGAACCUGAGAAUUGUUUUAGAGCGAGUGCUGGUGCCAAAAGAGACAGACAGUAGUGGUAGAACGAUCUAGACGGUGGUAGAUUUACAAACACAAAAAAAAGCCAUUUUUUUACAUACUGCAUUGAUGGCACAAUCAGGUAUGCAACUCUCAUUGUAGAGGCAACUUCUGGCAUCUUUAAAAAAAAAGAGUCAAGAGUAGCAAAACAGGACUUCCAUAAAGUGUUCACUGUGGGUGAAGUAAGGCCUUGUAAUAGCUCACUGGCUCUUUGCCUUGCGGUAGGUGGCUACAAUAGGAUGGGGAGAGAUGAUGUGUCAGCAAUAUUCUUCUUUCGACAGCACUGUUUACAUUUUAAGGAGACAGGAAAACGGCUGCUGAAGCAUUGCAAUCAAAGGGCAAUCAUAGCGAAGUAGUGCGCAGUCCAGGAAAACGCUUUUAAAAGGGGGUUCCUGAAACAGUGACAUUCUGAUGCAUGGUAUUUAUGCUUGAUUCCGAUAUCUAUUUCACUGCAUGAUUAGUGUCUUGUUUUUUAUUGUACAAACUAACACUUGAACAAGUUUUCUAUGACUUUAGUAUGAUGCCAUUUGUUACUACUGAUGAAAUCCCUGUGGUCUUAAUCACAAGACUGCUGUUUUAUUUCUAUUUAUUUGUUUGCAUGAAACCUCUGUGUCAAAGAGCAGUGUCACGUGCCAUAUUUAUUGUAAAAUGUGCUUUAUUGGUAGGAAAUCUUUGAUUUAGAUCUGAUUAGCACAUCAAGUAAGACGAAUAUCAGUUUGUUGUUAAAACAGUACCAAAGUGAAUGUGGCCAAAACGUUUUGUUGUUUUAAAAAAAAACUAUUUUUCUGCGUUAAGAUUUCUCAUAAAUUGAGUAUUGUGUAGUGCUUUUAAGUCUCAUUAGCCCCAGAUUCAGCAUUGUGUAGUGCUUUUAAGUCUCCUUAGCACCACGUUUUGUAACUUUUUUUUUUUCAUUUACCUAAGCUUUAAGCACUAUUUCCCACAAACUAGGUUACAGUUAACAAUUAACAGUACUUUUAAAUAUCAUUUUCUCCAAAUUCAGUAGAAUUUAAUAUUUACGUGUGCUUUAAUAGUUUACAUUAACUAUUACUAGUAAUUAAAAAAAUACUUUUAGGUAUAAUUUUCCCAAGUUCAGUAAAAAUGAACAUUUACCUCAGCUUUAAGUAUCAUUUCCCACAAACUAUGUUAGAGUUAAAUAUUAUUUCCCCCAAAUGGAGUAGAAUGAAAUAUUUAGUGUUCAUUUUAAGUAUAAGAAUAUUAUAUUCUUAUGAAAAUCACAUUAGAGCCGAAAAGUGGAGUCACCUCUGCACUACUGACUCCAAGUCUGCAGUUAAUCUUUUAAACAUAUAUCUAUUUUACUUGGAAUAGGAAUCUUAUUUUCAGCGUUAGAUAUUGCAGUUGAUCUGCAACGUAACGUAACGUAGGUUUCUCAUGACCGUCGCUCCUUAAAUUGCAUUUAGGGAUAAAAUGUAAGUUUGAUAGGAUACCCAGAACUAAAGUUUGUUAAGUGGGUGGCAUUACAGGGUAUACUAGUGUAAGUGAAGUUUUGUUUGUUAAUAUAUGCACUGUACAUAUCUUGAACUGUUGUAAGGUUUGUAUAGAUAAAUGGUUUGUAUAGAUUAAUGCUAACCUGAUAUAUUGAGCUUACACAUUUUGAUUGUGUAUAGUGCACCAUGAUAACGAUGUGAACUAUUCUAAUGUUUAGUAAUCGCAUUUAAAUGUUAAGUGCUGUUGUAUUCUAUUGAAGGUGCAAUAUUGUAUUUAUUUUGAUACAUUUUCUUCUCGACGAAGUUUUAUUAUGUGACGUUUUUCCAUGGAAAACAAAAACCAAUUCAUGCACUCCUUUUUUUCGAUUUCGGUAGAAGGUGGACUCCUAGAAAGACUUUUCACACCAUAACUCGUUCCAAAUUCAUCAAAUCUUCCACAGGCAAAUUGUCAGUCAUAUCUACUAAACUGUGCUUCCAGGAUAAUUUGCUAGACAACUGGAUGUUCUCACUCACUAUGAAACGGGCAGAACUGCUCGCUGUGCCUCUUCUUGUUUUCAUCGCAUCUGAUAUUUUUCUCCCAUUUGCUUUAAUCAAGUCUGGGAAUCACAAGUAAACCAGACCAGGAAGGACAUGGUCAUAGAUUUGCAUUUGAGUUUAUGGUCAUGGUCAUAUCAUAAUAUCCCUCUAGAGGGUGGCAGAUCACAUCUGUCCGAGCCAAGUUCUUACUCACAACCAUUUUUUUUUUUCACAUGCAUUUUACUACUACUACUACUACUUUUAAAUCAAAGCAAAUUAGAAACGAGAACCACUUAAACCACAACGUAAACGAAGGGAGUGCAUAUAUAUAUAAAUAUAAAUAUAUACUCAUAUAGCCAUAGAGUAUAUAUGGAUGUUCUAAUAUCUUUAACUCUUUAGAAAUGAUUGAUAGGAAUGUGUUGUGAGCGUACGAGUUGAAAGAAAUGGACAAGAGUUAUGCUAUUUUUGAAGAAUAUCAGUCUUCACUCUAACACGCAUGCAAUGUCAUUAAAAACUGAAUGUAGGUUCUUUUUUUAUUUGUUUUCUUUUUAUUUUUCCACUCUACUUAAACAGAUAUGCAUUGCCUUUGAAAGGAGUCAAAGACUGUAUGUUUCCAGUGAUAAAAUGAAUCUCCCCAAUUUCAUUACCAAAGAUACCAGUACAAAAUGUCAGUUGACUCCACGAGUCAUUUUACUCUGGAAACCUGUAGCACAGGUUUCAGUGUUAACGGCGCAUCGUGCCCACCAUAGAUG